GUGCAUUUGUCGUUGGCUAAUAUUAUGGACUAGUAAUUUUCACAAUCCUGCCUGAAUCGCAUCUCCUUCCACUAGCCAUUCCUACACACCCACCUUACCUUGUACAGCAGUUCUGUAAAAUAAGCGUUCUUUCAGGAGUUCGCCCUAUUUUGAAUUCUUUUAUUUUUUUGUUCUUUUUAGCUUUUUCUUUUGUGUUUCUCCGUUGGUUCAUUAUAUAGUAAAAGAAGCCUCAAUCCACUAGACAAUGAUUGAAAUCGUGCACAAAACGGCCAUACCCAAAAAUGGAUUGGGUUCUUUUAUCCGCCCAUGUCAAAGGAUUGAACUCUCAUAUUGCAAUUGGGGCGGAAGUUCCAAAUCAAUGAAAGAGUUUUUAACGAAAAAAUUGGCUUCUAUUGCUAAAGAUUCUCAAGAUAUCGAGUUUCAUGUUUACAACAGACAAGGAGUGCAUCCUUUGAUACGAGCAUUUUACAAUACUGGACGUGAAAAAACGAUUUGCACUAGAAAGAUGGACAUCAAGCAGAUUACGGACAAAAUUAUGAUGUGUCGUGAUAGUGAUGGUUUGAAACCACGAUUUAUCAAACAACCCGUUCAAUCUACGAAUCCUUCUGUGCGUGGUGUUUGGAGUCCUUUUUCUGAAUCAGCAAAGUCAUACCAGGUUUACGAAAAAAAAUGAUGGACAAUCUAGCAAUCCUAGUUCGGCAUAAACAAAGUACUUUUAAUAUUAUUAACUAAUCCAUCCUUUCCUCCCUUUUAUCCUUGUCCUUGUACUCUAUAAAUUAGUGUUUACCCAAUAUUUGUAAAGAAAUCCAAAAAUAUUAAUAUACAAUAAGACCCUUAUUUACUGCUCCUUUUUGACCGUGGG